AUGCGAAUCUGGAAGUUCACGCCCACUGGAUGCAUUGUCACUACCCCCAUCGACUAUUUGGACUCUCCCGGCGAUUUGGUUCGCUUCGCUCGGGCGCCCGCCUCAAGUGGUCCGAGAGGAACCGGCCUUAGUGUUGGUGAAGGCCGUCUCUUCACCGAGUAUCAGGAUGCGGGGCAGUAUGAUGAUGCUCUUGAGCACGUUUCCAAAGUCUAUGCGGACCCUGCAGACAAUCAGCACUGGCUUGACCGCAAAGGGCCAGCCGGUUACUUCAUCCUCAAGUUUGGUAAAGGAGACCUCGUUGAUCCAGAUCAGCUCGACGAAGGAGGCAAGUCGAAAGCUACUGAAUACGUCAUAUUCAAAAAAACUCUUCACCACGUCGCAUCCAUGUUCUCCCGCGGAACUAAGUGCUACCUCGCAAUCGCAAAGCCAGACAUCGAGUCUCCUGGUUUCGCUUUGCAUUCGCCUCAAGAAAUCAUCCCGCGACUACGGCUACUGAAGACAUCAUGGCAGCAUGUUGCCAGAACGCCUGAGGCACAGUUCUUCCGCGAGUACAACAAGCGCCAUAGGCAUACUACUGGAGAACGACCUUGUGGCAUCGCCGCGCUUCUCGCCAGUGGAACGGUGACUACCCAGAACGAGAUUAGAUGGAUGAGCGCUGGCAACGGCUGGACUGUUGCGCACAAAUCCAAAGAACCUAAGGACGACAUUGAGGAAUAA